CACACCACCACACCGUUCCACCAAAUUGCUUGACUUCAGCACCCCCCGCAAUGCCGAACGAAUACAAUUCCUCCCGGCUAGUGCCUAUUAAAUUACUCCGCUCGAAAAGAGCCUACCAUAAUCAAGCGACGCUGCUACCGUAGUGCCCGGGGGAAUGACCCUCUUGCGUGGAAAUGUGGGGUUAUGGAGGUCAAGGUCCGGAGCAAGCUUCACCUAAUCGAGAUAAGGGCAGGAUCACCAUUCACAAGCAAAUCGUCAACAUGAGCAGCGACCUCCCAGAGAAGCAGACAGCGUCGGAGAUCGAGGCGCAGCCCGCCUCCACGGGCGGACCGGUUUACGAUGUCGGCGAGAAAGUUGACUACGACAGGGCGGGCGCCAUCGAUGCCGAGCAAGUUGAACAUAAUAUGACCGUGCUCCAGGCUGUAAAGGCCUAUCCCGCUGCCAGCUGGUGGGCAUUCGUGAUGUCGUCCACUAUUAUUAUGGAGUCAUACUGCGUUUUCCUUAUGGGUCAGUUUAUUGCCACAGCCAGGUUUGCGAAGGACUUUGGUGUAUUCAGCGCGAGCUCGAAUGAGUGGAUUAUCGAAGCUUCAUGGCAGUCAGCAUUCCAGUGCAGCGGGCCAAUCGGUGCCUUUAUCGGUGUAUUCAUCGCAGGUCCCAUUACUAGUUGGAUUGGAUAUCGUUGGGCAACCAUUGGCGCCCUCAUGGCUUUGAACGCAUUCAUCUUCAUCUUCUACUUCGGCAACAGCCAGGGCAUGUUUUUCGCUUCCCAGAUCCUAGAAGGCAUCCCAUGGGGAAUUUUUAUUGCCAACGCGCCGGCUUAUUGCGCGGAGAUUGUGCCAAUGAGGUUGAGAGCUCCGGCGACGCAGAUGUUGCAGAUGUUCUGGGCGAUUGGGUCGAUCAUUGUCGGCGGUAUCACGUACCACUACCAAUCUCGGGAUGACCCGUCGGCAUACCGAGUUCCCAUUGCACUCCAGUGGAUGUUCCCUACUCCUCUCGCGAUUCUACUCUUCCUUGCGCCCGAAUCGCCCUGGUGGCUCGUACGAAAGGGCCGUCUGGCUGAGGCAGAGAAGGCUGUCAAACGCCUGGGACGCGCGAGUGCGAAUGAUAACCCGGCUGACGCAGUCGCCAUGAUGCGUCGCACGAUCGAACUUGAAAAGACUGAGACGAAGCCGACUCUCGUUGAACUGUGGAAAGGUACCGAUCUCUACCGCACAUUGAUCGUGUGCGGUGUUUACGCAUCUCAGAAUCUGACGGGCAAUCUGAUUGCCAACCAAGCGGUUUACUUUUUCAAACAGGCCGGCAUGGGAGAAAACACCGCGUUUGCACUUGGUCUCAUCACUUCUGCCCUCCAGUGGAUCAUGGUCAUGUUGUCUUGGGUCCUCACCACAUACCUCGGCCGACGCACCAUUUAUGUCUAUGGUCAACUCAUCAACUGUGCAUUCUUGAUCGCGCUCGGUAUUGCGGCAUCGGUUGGCGCCAGUAAGGCGGCUAGCAACGCACAAGCAUCACUUGGCUUGAUCGUCUCCGUCCUCUUCUGCUUGGGACCCGCCCCUGCCUCAUGGGUCAUCAUCGGCGAGACACCUUCCGUUCGUCUGCGGCCACUGACAACCGGUAUUGGACGAGGUGCCUAUUACUUGGUCAACAUUCCUUGUAUCUUCCUUUCCAGCUACAUGCUCAACUCUGAUAAGUGGAACCUGGGCGGCAAGAGCGGCUACAUCUGGGCUGGCACUGCCUUUUUCUGCACCGCCAUGUCUUGGAUGUUCAUUCCAGAGAUGAAGCACAGGUCCUUCCGUGAGAUCGAUAUUCUAUUCAACCGUCACGUCCCCGCUCGCAAAUGGAAGCAGACGGUCGUCGAUAUUCGCGAUGAUGAGUAGAUGGAAACUGCUGUUCGGAAAAGCCCGAGUGGGUACUAGCUACUACUUGUGCAGGAACGGGUGGUAGAGAUGAGUUCUUUAUAGGUACUGACUGGUCAUUAUCUUCAAGAUGAGUUACCGAUUGCGGAUCACGGGGAAAUGUACUGUAUGCUCU